GAUCAAUUGUGGCCGCCAUGGAUGUCAAUACAGUGGCCAAUGCGGUGUAUUCGUCCAACUUCCCAGGCACAGAUGUGAGGACAAGGAAUAUUCAAAGCCUCAGCGAGAAGGAGGUCAGAAAGUUGGGGGCCAACAUGCUGCUCAUGUCACCGCCCUGUCAGCCGCACACCCGCCAGGGCCUGCAAAGAGACACGGAGGACAAGCGUUCGGAUGCACUCACCCAUUUGUGCACCCUCAUUCCGCAAUGCGAAACCCUACAGUAUGUGCUCAUGGAAAAUGUCAAGGGAUUCGAAUGAUCUCAGGCCAGAAAUCACUUCGUU